AUGAGGAUAUCCACCACCUCCUGUCUUUGCCCCGUUCUGGUCUGCCUCUGCUUCAUCCAGAGGUGCUACGGCUCGAGCCACCACCUUCCCACCAAAGUGCCCUCCAAGAACCAGACGAAACUGGCCAACGGGGAGACGGAGGUGCACCACCGGCCCAAGCGCGGCUGGAUCUGGAACCAGUUCUUUGUUUUAGAAGAACACAUGGGACCGGAUGCACAGUAUGUGGGAAAGCUUCACUCAAACUCAGACAAAGGCGAUGGAACUGUCAGGUACAUCCUGAGCGGGGAAGGAGCCGGGACUAUAUUUAUCAUCAAUGAGGAGACGGGAGAUAUUCACGCCACUAAGAGCCUGGACCGGGAAAGGAAAACACAUUAUGUCCUGCAUGCGCAAGCCCUGGACCGCAACACAGAGGAGGCCCUGGAACCAAAGUCGGAAUUCAUCAUCAAAGUGCAAGACAUCAAUGACAAUGCGCCCAAAUUUCCAGAUGGACCCUUUGUAGCGACGGUGCCGGAGAUGUCUGAAGUGGGUACGUCCGUGUUGCAAGUCACGGCGACGGACGCCGACGACCCCACCUACGGAAACAGCGCCAGGAUAGUCUACAGCAUCCUACAAGGACAGCCAUAUUUCUCCGUCGACCCCAAAACAGGAAUCAUCAGGACUGCCUUAGCCAACAUGGACCGGGAAGCCAGAGAACACUACACUGUUGUCAUCCAAGCCAAAGACAUGGCAGGCCAGGUUGGAGGCCUCUCUGGUUCCACCACCAUCAACAUCACGCUGACAGACGUCAACGACAACCCGCCCACGUUUCCUCAGAAAAAUUACCAGCUGUACGUCCCUGAAUCAGCUCAAGUGGGGAAGCCAGUCGGGAAGAUCAAAGCCAAUGAUGAGGACCUUGGCAUCAAUGCGGAUAUCAAGUACAGCAUCAUUAACUCGGAGGGGGCCAACAUGUUUUCCAUAUCCACGGACAGAGACACAAGAGAGGGAAUCAUCAGCCUCAAAAAGCCUCUGAAUUACGAGAGGAAGAAGGCCUACACGCUCCACAUCGAGGGCAUGAACACGCAUGUGGAUCCCCGUUUUUCCUACCUUGGUUCUUUCAAAGACACUGCCACCCUUAAAAUCACGGUCGGGGACGUGGACGAAGCGCCCGUCUUUUCUAUGGAUUACUAUAUCAUGGAUGUUUAUGAAAACGCGCCGAGCGGCACGGAGGUGGGCACCGUAACGGCUCGAGAUCCCGACGGCAGGAACAGCCCCGUCAGGUACUUCUUGGACAGCAAAGAGGAAGGAGUGCGGUACUUCCGAAUCGACGAAAGCAGCGGACUUAUACGUACGACGCAGCCUCUGGACAGGGAAGCCAUGCCUUGGCACAACAUCACUGUAAUGGCCUCGGAGGUGAUCCAGACUGUCACGGCGGUGGAUAAGGACGACUUCGCCAACGGACAGCGGUUCUCCUUCGCCCUGCCCAGCCAGCUGCCGGUUAAUCCCAACUUCACCCUGAAGGACAAUGAAGACAGCUCGGCCAGCAUCAUUGCCAGGCGGCGCCGCUUCAACCACCUGACGCAGGAGCUGUACGAGCUGCCCAUUGUGGUGUGGGACGGCGGGGAGCCGUCGCUGAGCGGCACCAGCACCUUGACUCUGCGGGUGUGCCCGUGCCAGCGCCACGGCAGGAUCCGGAUGUGCCAAGGCGAGGCGUUCCUCUCGUCGGCGGGUCUCAGCACGGGGGCUCUGAUUGCCAUCCUGCUGUGCAUCGUCAUCCUGCUGGCCAUCGUGGUUCUCUUCAUCACCCUGAGGCGGAGCAAGAAGGAGCCCCUCAUCAUCUCCGAAGAGGACAUCAGAGAGAACGUGGUCACCUACGACGACGAGGGCGGCGGCGAGGAGGACACCGAGGCGUUCGACAUCAUCGCCCUGCGCAACCCGGCCGCCGCGGAGGAGCUAAAGUUCCGGCGGGACGUUCGGCCGGAGGCCAGGAAACACAUCGAGCCUCCCCGCGGCCGCCGGAGCCCGUCGGUGGAGCCGGACGAGGUGGACGUGCACGAGUUCAUCAAGCAGAGACUGGUGGAGGCCGACAUGGACACCAGCGUGCCGCCCUACGACUCCCUCCAGACCUACGCGUACGAGGGUCAGGGCUCGCCCACAGGAUCCAUCAGUCCGCUAGACUCUCCCGGCACACAGUCGGAGCAGGAUUAUAACUACCUGGACGACUGGGGACCCGAGUUCCAGAAACUUGCAGAACUCUACGGAGAGGCAGAGUCGGAUGUGACGACCUAG